UAAAAUGAGUGGACGAGGGAAAACCGGAAAGGCCAAGAGCAAGCCCAAGUCUCGCUCGUCCCGGGCCGGACUGCAGUUCCCGGUGGGCCGUGUUCACAGGCUCCUGAGAAAGGGUAACUAUGCUGAGCGGGUGGGUGCCGGAGCCCCGGUCUAUCUGGCCGCUGUGCUCGAGUAUCUGACGGCUGAAAUCCUCGAGUUGGCCGGUAACGCGGCCCGGGACAACAAGAAGACCCGCAUCAUCCCCAGACACCUGCAGCUGGCCGUCCGCAACGACGAGGAGCUCAACAAGCUGCUGGGAGGGGUGACCAUCGCUCAGGGCGGGGUGCUGCCCAAUAUCCAGGCCGUGUUGUUGCCCAAGAAAAGCGGCGCGCCCGCCAACCCCAAGGGUUUACCUAGAAAGGAUUGAAGGUAGUGGAGAAGGAAAGGUCAGUGCCUUUAAGCCGUUCUGUUUCGUAAAUUCUUCGUGGGAAGUUCGACGUCGGGGAUCGAAGCAAGCGACGUGAAAGAGAAUUUAAAUCGUCCUGUAAAGUCUCUCCUUUUAAAUGGACUGUGAGCAUAUCGAACUUUUGGAAUACCACUUUAAAGAACUGUUUGAACAGCCGCUCAGCAGCUGUUUCCGGUUACGGUAGUGUUUGUUUACUUUUGGGGGGUUUGCUUUCUGUGUUUAAUAAACGUGUUGUUUGUUA